AGCCCUUGGCCCAAGCUUCCGCAGGAACGCGGGCCUCUGGCUGCCUGUGAGGGCAGGGUUGGCGCCCAUGGCCUCGCAGGAUGGGUACUCGCCGGUGGCCUCGGAACCGUACGCGGCAGCGCGUGAGGCCAGAGGUCCUGAACCACCGCCGCCGGGAGGCGGGCGCCGGCCUCCAAUGGCCGCCGGCGCGCUGUUGGCCGCGGCAGUUUUCCUCAUCGCUGCGAUGGGCGCUCUUGCUUGGCAGGGCCCCGCGGCGCCUGGGUCGCACUUCGGCAGCCACAGCGAGGCAGUGGGCAGGGAUCCACUGCAGCUCAGCGAGGUCGCCCUGCACAGGCGCGCCAUCCGGGGCCUGUCGGGCCGGGGCGCGGUCGGUGAGUUCGACGCUGCCGCAGUCGAUGGCAGCCUGCACCGCAAGGGACACCAUGACGGCGGCGUGUCUGGUGGUGCGGGUGCCACGGGUAACGCGCAGGCGAGAUCCAUGCAGGUGGGCACCAUUUUCGGGGACGCCCUCCUCACGCCGGCGGGGGAGGACUGGCCUCCUGUGGUGCGUUCGUCACUGGACGAUGCCCCCCAGCAGGAUGCGCCUCAUCCCGAGCCCGACGUCCAGGCGGAGUGGCAGGCAAAACCGUGGAGGCCAUGCGAGCCGACCGCGUCGGCCGGGGCGUCCACUGGUUGUACGCGGACCCGCACAGUGCAUUGCCUGCUGGGCGGCGACUGGGUCGACGUGAAACACUGUGCCGUGCUACCCAUGCCGUCCACCUCGAAGAAAUGCCGCUGCGAGGACAGCGGUACGUCGACGCAGCUGGUGGAUGCAAGAGCAGCCACCCCUGGGACAACUGCCACGACGUCCGCGGCUGGGUCCUCGACCACCUCGAGCGCGAAGGUUACGACAGUGCUUCAAAGUACGACGGUCAGCAGCAGCAGUACCAGCAGCAGCACAACAACCAGCAGCACCCGCAGCACCCGCAGUAGCAGCAGCAGCAGCAGCAGAAGCAGCAGCAGCAGCAGCAGCAGCAGCAGCAGCAGCAGUGGUAAUACCCUCACCCGCAAGACGUCGACGACGACACGGACACACAGCUCAACUGAGACGUUUGCGAAGAGCUCCAUUGUCAGAACGGCUUCUGUUACGACCACCCAUGGAUCUGCGAAAAGUGCCCGGAGCCAGCAUAAUGGUGAUACUGAUGUCGAACGCCAAGACCCGUUGAUCGAGGCAUUAUCGGCCCACGGUAAGGUAGCUAGUACCACAGGGACACCGGUCACGACAUCCACCAGCGACCACACCACGUCUAGCUCUUCGUUUGCAAAGUCCAUGGAGGUGCCAGCCACAGGGUCCAGCAGGAAGUCCAGCAACACUACUGCCGAAGUCCUUGCGACAAAUUCUAGCAACCACACAACCACGCCGCUUGCUGAUCCAUCCUCGGGGAGUUCCACCAGCAUGCGCAGCAGUACCAGUGCCAAUGAGCCUGCGACGGGCAAAAGCAGUCAUGCGACGCCCAAACACACUGAGACACAGGCGAGGAGUUCCAGUAAUCAGCCUAGCACUACCACUGUUGCGAAUGUAACAAGCAGAAGUGAACACACGACCUCGAAAUCUGGUGAGACAAACUCGAUUGGUUCCAGUAAGAGGAAGCCCAGCAGCACUACUGCCAAGGCGUCUACUUCAAGCAGUAGGGACCACACGACCACGACGGCUGCGGAGACGAGUUCCAGUAGUAUGCCCAGCACCACUUUGAGUGCGCCUGCGACAAGCAGAAGCAAUCACACGACCUCCAAGUCUGCGGAGACACUCUCCGCCAGUUCCAGCAGCAAGACCACCGUCACCAAUGCGGCGACUGUGACAAGCAGGAGCGAACAUUCGACCUCCAAACCUGCUGAAACAUCAUCGGCCAGUUCUAGCAAGCCCAUCAACACUACUGCCAAGGUGCCCGCCACAGUCACGAGCAACACGACCAGGAAGCCUGCUGGGGCAUCCUCCGCGAAGUCCGGCCGCAAACCUGGUGCCACCACCACGAAGACGCCUGUCACGACCGUGAAAGGUGACAAUAGAGAGACACCAGCAACGAACUCCAACACUACGACCACAGCUGGGCCGUCCACCUUUACCACCAGCCACCACAAUUCUACGGCCGAUUACGGUAACUCUACCGCCAGCCGCCAGAACUCCACCGCCAGCAGCAAGAAGUCUGCCAACACCAGCGGCCACCAGUCUGGGAAGACGACGGUAGCGCCCGCAUCGACCAGCAGCAGCGUGCCGAACACGACAACCACUGCGAGAGCGCCUACAAUGAGGUCGAGCACUGCGAGCAAGACCGCAGGAGGCACCCCGGGCAUCCCCGCCGACGGCGACGCAGGCGUGCUGACGGACGACAUGACGUGGGGCUCCGACCCAUGGGGACCAUGUGUCCAAGACGCUGCUUCUGAUUCUCCCGACGACUGCAUCAGCACCCGCGCUGUGGGCUGCAGGGACGGGUCGGGCGCGCUGGUCGCCCUGUCCCUGUGCGAGCAGGCCACGAUGCCGGCCAUGGAGAAGGUCUGCGCGUGCGAGGACGCCGUGUAUGCCCCCGGCCGCGCUGCCUCGGACGCCCCCCUCGCCGGCGAGGCCGACCAGGACGGCGGGCCCGGCGCCUGGCGGGCCGACGACUGGGGCCCGUGCGUGCACGCGCGGCAGGGCCCCGCGGCGGCGAGGGGCGGCUGCCAGCGCACCCGCUUCGUCUCGUGCGUCGACGCCGUCGGCCGCGCCGUCGGCGCCGACGAGUGCGGCGAGAGCACCAAGCCGCGCAGCGUCGGGCCCUGCGACUGCGACCAGCCGGACGACCUGCCGCCCACGGGGUAGCCCGAGCGCCGGCAGGCCGUGGCCGAGGGCCCCGCCGCGCCCGGGCGAGGCUCGCGGGGCCCGGAGGUCCAAGGGCAGCGGAGGCACAGCCCUGCGGAGGUCCGCGCGGCUGCUCUCGGGUCGGCGCCGGAGCCCUCCCAGGCGCGCUGGGCGCCUGAUUCUGCCCCACCCCCUCCACCAGGGCCCUGCCAGAUCCAGCCGGAGAGGCGCCCAGGGGCGGAGGAAGUCUGGAUCGCCCUGCGGCUGCAGCUUCCUCGGUCGUGCCAGCGUCCUGGCCUGCAGACGUCUCCGCCCUCGGGGCCCUGAGCUGAUCUGGCCCUCGAGGCUCGCCGCCCCUGCCCCGCUCCCCCUCCCGCCCCCGUAGGCCAGCUGGCGUCGGCGCCUGGGCGCGCGACACCCCAGCGCGCUCCGUGCAUGCCUUCAGCGUGGCGGCGCGGACGGCGCCCGCCGCGAGACCCGCUGCGCGCCCCCCCUCCCCCUCCCCCUCUCCCCCCUCCCGCCUCCUUGGAGGAGGGGGAGGGCCACUCUCACGCUCCGUUCCCUCCCGCUCGCCUCGACGUCGGCGCCGCCGCCCGUCUCUGCAACUGGCUAAUGACGCAGGGCGCGCUACUUGUGGCCCAGUCAGUGCCGGCGCACGGGCGCGCGGGUGUGACCGCGGAGCUCAGCAUGCGCGCCGGGAGAAAGGACGUGCGCGCGCCCUCCUUCGCGUGCAGCAUGGUCCUCCCUUUCUCGCCCCCCCCGCGGGCCCUUCUCCUCGCCCCUUGGGCGGGGCGAGAGGCCCUCUGGCGUGGCAGUGGGGGC